AUGACGAUUGACGAGAAUUGCAGCGCCAUUGCACGCAAAAUUGCUCAUAAAUUGGCUAGCAAAGGUGUCACUGGCACCACCGUCAUACAUAAAUUUCAUACAGCAGCGACCAUUAUAAGCGAGCAACUGCAGCGUCAGCGUCUGCAUCGCUCGUGGCGAGUAGUUUCCAGUACGCGUCGCCGCAAAGAGACAACGAAGCGCAAGCCGCUCCAAACAGCGUCUGGUGGCAUGGGCGGUCUGCCUUGGUUGCUGCGUCAUGGCCGUCGUCGGCCCAAUAUACACCACCUGCCCGUUUUCAGCCUCUCCUUUGCUUCGCUUCCUAGUUCUCCUUUUCGUUCAUUACCUCAUCAGCCUAGCUCACUUGGCCGCCCCAUGGAAAAGCCGCUGCCAAGACGCCGAUUGGCCAUCGAAAAUGGCACAGAUUUUCAGGGAUAUUCUUGUUACUGCAUUGCCAACCAGCUCGCGGACCGUGAGCCGGUUCAGCAGGGACCAGCAACAAAUUGA